ACAGUAAAAGUCGGAUUUUUGGGUCUUUGAGAAGCAAUCGGAGAACAACAACGGCGUUUGUAACGCGGAUUUUAUGUCGGCUGUGUCUGAAUCGGCUGUGAUUUCGUCUCUGUUUCUAAUCUCCUUUGCGAUUCAAUCGUCUUCUUCCUCGUCUGUCUUGUUCUUUGGUCUGAGUCUGACCGCUGUUCUUAACGCUCUUCGCUUCUGCUCGGAACAGAGGCUUAUUCUUGAGGUUCCUUCCAUUUCCAUGGGCUUAAGGCUAAAAAGGACUUGUUCUGGUGUUGAAUGUGAGUCAGAAGAUAUGAGGUCCUUUGUGAAACCUGAAAGAGACUCUUUGUUGAGAACAGUCCGUAUUAUUUUCACUGAUCCUGAUGCUACUGAUGAUUCCUCUUCCUCUAGCGAUGAAUGGUUACCUAAACCUCGAAAGGUAAAGCGUUUUGUCCAUGAGAUUACUUUCCUCUCUCAGGUCUCCGAGAGUUCUCACGAUCGUAGCAAUGCUGUCAAAACCCCUAGAAAGAGAUCUACCAGGCAGUUAAAGUAUCCUGUGGGAGUUAGGCCGAGGCGAUCAGGCAGAUUUGCUGCUGAGAUUAUGAACCCAUUCACUAAAACUAAGAAAUGGCUGGGUACUUAUGAAACUCCUGCAGAAGCUGAGAAGGCUUAUGUUGACAAGAAGGUUGAGUAUGAUGCAUUGGCCUCUUCAGGUUCUGCUGUUUCCUCAUCGGUUGUAUCAGUGACUAGCCAGUGCUUGCGUUCUCCUGCUUCUGCUUCUGUUUCUUGUGUCAGUGCUGAUGCUUUGUCUAAAGAAAAGACGUCUCUCAACAAAGAUGUUGCUGCGUCUGGUGAUGAUUCAACCAUGGAAGUGUUCACCACUUUCGACUUUUCCGAUCUGAAAAUCCCUGAUCUGAGAUUCUUAGCAGCAGAAGAGGAUUCUAUGGUUUCUGAUGCAAAUGGUGCAGAGCUAGACUUUGAUUGUAUCCUUUCUGCCGAGUGUAACCUUCUGCUGGAUGAUUACUCUUUGCUCGAUAGUGAUUUCAACAUCAGCGGGUUUGAAAACAGUUUUCCAAGUGAGCUACCUGACUGCGAUUUCACCGAAAUGGAACGCGAGCUUGAUGAUUUCAAAUUUGCCUUUGCAGAUCAACUGACAACACCGCCUCUCGAGUUCGGUUGUGUUUAAGACUUGUUAGCUACGUUUUCUGUUUCACAGGAACAGGAUGAAGAAAGCUAGAAAGUAUGAUCCUUGCGGUCUAAUCUCCUAUGGAUUUUUCAUGUGCUUUUAGAGCAGUCCAAAGGAGUGAUUUGCACAACAUUUUUUCAUGGAUGUUGGUUUUACUUCCUUCAAUCUUUAUGUUUUUAAUCUGUUUCCUUAUGCAUUGUUCUUUGUUCGUCUUCGUAUCUCUUUUGUCUCUUCGUGUCGUACCUUUCUCUUUUAAUGUUGUCUAAUCAGGACAGAAAAUCUAAACCACUGAGAGAAUUUAAUAAGUCAUGGGUUGAAUU